AUGAGAUGCUUUAAGAAACUACUUGGCAUCUCAUACAGAGAUCACAUCACUAAUGAUGCAGUCAGAGACAGAAUCAGGCGAGCCAAUGGGCCCUAUGAUGAUAUCUUAACCACAGUAAAGAAACGCAAGUUAAAGUGGUUUGGGCAUGUAUCAAGAUCAUCAGGCUUUGCCAAGACGAUUAUACAAGGAAUAGUGCAAGGAGGGAGAAGAAGGGGCCGACAGAAGAAGCAUUGGGAGAACAAUAUCGCUGAAUGGACAGGGUUGAAGUUUUGCGAUGCCAUAAGAGAAGCUGAAAACAAAAUAAAAUGGAGGGAGAGGGUGCAACGUCGUGGCGCCCCAACGGUCGUUGACUAUGGGAUAGGUGCA